AUAAAUUCACACAAUUAUAUAUAUAUUUUUUUUAGAUUUAAACACAUGUUUAAUCUGAUUCGAGCGUCAGUUCUGACAUCAAAUAGUUCUAAUCAUUGUCAAUUCCAGUCAUGAGAUUGAAUUGCGAUCCUCCCUAUCAAGUUCAGCAUCAACAUUUAUCAAUAAACCAACUAACUAUAGGUAAAUACACACAAUUUUCACAUCUCCAUUACAUUUACUAUUCAAAUCAUUACUACUAUUUGUCAGGUCAAUAAAAGAACACACUAGCUCGUGGAUGGUCAGACCUAAUAAAUCUACACACAAAUUCAACAUUAUUCUUCUAUAAAUAAAUACUCCUUAAUUAUUUCAACACCAUUACUCACCAACUCAACAAUCUUCAAGACUUCAACCAUGGCUUCUUCUACUCUCUCAACUCCCUCUCCAAACCACAACUUCCUCAAACACCAAUCAAAACGCUCCACAUCAUCAAACCGUUUCAAAUCAUCCACCACCUUCCUUCCACCAAUCAAAUCCUCUGUUUCAAAUCCACCACCUUCUCUCUCAACCACACCACCACCACACCCAACAAAACUUCCGAUCCGUAAAAUCCCCGGCGACUACGGCAUCCCUUUCAUCACUCCAUACAAAGAACGUCUCGACUAUUUCUACAACCAAGGUCGUGAUGAAUAUUUCAAAUCCAGAAUCCAAAAAUAUCAAUCUACAAUUUUCCGAACAAAUGUUCCUCCCGGUGGUUUCAUCGCUAAGAAUCCAAACGUCGUCGUUUUACUCGACGCUAAAAGUUUCCCUAUCCUCUUUGACACUAACAAAGUCGAUAAAACUGAUGUCUUCACCGGAACUUAUACUCCGUCAACUGAACUCACCGGUGGUUAUAGAGUUCUCUCUUAUCUUGAUCCAUCUGAUCCUAAACAUACUCAGCUCAAAAACCUUAUGUUUUUUCUACUUAAAACUCGCCGGAACCACGUGAUCCCGGAGUUUCGAUCGUGUUAUAAUGAGCUUUUUGGUACGGUGGAGAAUGAGCUUGCUAAAAGUGGAAAAGCUAGUUUUGGUGAUGCUAAUGAUCAAGCUGCUUUUAAUUUCUUGAGUCGUUCUUUGUACGGUGUUAACCCUGUUGACACCGAACUUGGGCUUGACGGCCCAAAAAUGGUUCAGAAAUGGGUUUUGUUUCAGUUAGGCCCAGUUUUAAAACUGGGUCUACCGAAAUUUGUGGAAGAUACUAUGAUUCAUAAUUUUCGUCUUCCGUUUAAGCUUAUUAAGAAAGAUUAUCAGAGAUUGUAUGAUUUCUUUUAUAAUGCUUCGGGAUUUGCACUUGAUGAGGCGGAGCGUUUGGGUGUUUCGAGAGAUGAGGCUUGUCAUAAUUUAUUGUUUGCAACGUGUUUUAAUUCGUUUGGUGGAUUUAAGUUAUUUUUCCCGAAUGUGAUGAAAUGGAUUGGACGCGGUGGAGUGAGGUUGCAUACUAAGCUUGCUACCGAGAUUAGAGAGGCAGUUAGGGCUGCAGGCGGGGAGGUUACUAUGGCGGCAAUGGAGAAUAUGCCUUUGAUGAAAUCGGUUGUUUAUGAAGCUUUUCGUAUUGAUCCACCGGUUCCAUUACAAUUUGGAAGAGCGAAAAGGGAUAUGGUAAUCGAGAAUCACGAGAAUGGAUUUUUGGUGAAGAAAGGGGAAUUGUUGUUAGGGUAUCAACCAUUUGCGACUAAGGAUCCUAAGGUUUUCGAUAGAGCCGAGGAAUUUGUCGCGGAUAGGUUUGUUGGCGAUGAAGGGGAGGCAUUGUUGAAACAUGUGGUUUGGUCUAAUGGACCUGAAACUGAAUCUCCAAGUGUUAGAAAUAAACAAUGUGCUGGUAAAGAUUUCACCACAUUGGUUUCUAGGCUUUUGGUUGUUGAACUUUUUCUUAGGUAUGAUUCCUUUGAGAUUCAAGUUGGAAAUUCUGCUUUGGGUACUUCUAUUACCCUCACCUCUCUAAAGAGAGCAAGUUUUUAAUUUCUAAUAAUUUUUUUAAUUAUUUUUUUACUAGUUAAUAUGAUUGUUAAUUUUGGAUGUGUAUUAUUAAUUGUAAUGUUUUAAACUACUACUAGUAUGUCUUGAUUUCA